CACGGCUUUUUGGGGAUGGCUCCCUGCCAGAAACUCGUUUUCCAGGCCCGGGCAAAAUCUCUCCCGGAAAGAUUGUCUCGUCUGAAAACUAAGGCAAAGUUUGGUCCCUCCCCUUCGGGGAGAGCCCGGCAGCCGGUCUGCCUGCGGGAGAGACGUCCUCCUGCGGCAGCAGCCGCCUCUCGCCUGGCUCCGGAGGGCCGUGGGCGGCUGGAGGGUCCGUCUUGCCCCUGCGGCCAGCGGGACGGGAGCAGAGGGCGGCUGGGACGCUGCCCACCAGGUUUGUGGGUGAAGGCACCAAUGGAAAUGGGGAGCAGCAGCACUGAGAAGUUUUAUAGGAUCCCCAAAGGAAAGGGGCCACACUCAGUUGGAUGUACAGACCUGAUGACAGAAAAUGCAGUUGAGGGAAGCUUCUUGCGCCUCUAUUAUCCAUCAUGUGAUGCCACAGAUAACGAAGAGGCACCGUGGAUUCCAGACAAAGAGUACUAUCAGGGCCUCUCUGACUUCCUUAAUAUGUACCGAGUUGUAGGAGAAAGGCUCUUCCAGUACUAUGUUGGUUCAGUGACCUGUCCUGCAAAGUCAAAUGCUGCUUUUAAGCUGGGAGAAAAAUACCCUUUCCUCAUUUUUUCCCAUGGACUUGGAGCUUUUCGGACGAUCUAUUCUGCUAUUUGCAUAGAGAUGGCUUCCCAAGGCUUUAUAGUGGCUGCUGUGGAGCACAGAGAUGAAUCUGCUUCAGCAACAUAUUACUGUAAAAAAAAGCCAGUUUCUGAACCACAGGAAGAGUCUACAUCAAACAUGGAGAAGGAGUGGAUCUAUUACAGGAAACUAAAAACUGGAGAAGAGGAGCGUAGUUUGCGCCAUAAGCAGGUGCAGCAAAGAGCACAGGAGUGUAUCAAAGCUCUCAACCUCAUUCUUAAAAUCAAUUCAGGAGAGGAAGUAACAAAUGUAUUAAACUCAAGCUUUGACUGGAAUAGCCUAAAGGAUUCUGUUGAUACUAGCAGAAUAGCUGUGAUGGGACACUCUUUUGGUGGUGCUACAGUUAUUGAGAGUCUCAGCAAAGAAAUAAGAUUCAGGUGUGGCAUUGCCCUUGAUGCAUGGAUGCUUCCAGUAGGUGAUGACAUUUAUCAAAACAACGUCCAGCAACCGCUGCUUUUUAUCAACUCUGAAAAAUUCCAGUGGGCUGAUAAUAUCUUAAAGAUGAAGAAGCUCGGCUCCAAUGACGCAAACAAGAAAAUGAUCACUAUCAAGGGGUCAGUACAUCAGAGCUUUCCUGACUUUACCUUUGUAAGCGGAGACAUCAUUGGAAGAUUUUUCAAAUUAAAAGGAGAAAUAGAUCCAAACGAAGCUAUUGAUAUAAGCAAUCAUGCUUCAUUAGCCUUCCUGCAGAAACAUUUGAGUCUUAAGAAAGAUUUCGAUAAGUGGGAUUCUCUUGUGGAUGGCAUAGGACCCAAUGUUAUUCCUGGUACCAAUAUUGACCUAUCUCCAGCUGAACCUGAGUAAGGAACACAAAGAAGUACUGAAAAUGCCAUGGACACAAGGACAGUAAUGUUGGCCAGACAUGGCUCAGAUGUGAUAGCGCUGGCUACCUACACAGCUUUUGGGGUGUGGAACAGAAGAAAACAAAAGGCAUUAGGUUACAUUAUUGUGAAAAUGUAGAGAGGUUUUAGUUCAAAUGAGUUAGUGUGAUUCUCUGAAAUACUGCAACAGGGUAACUUCUGCUUUAUAGGCAGCUGGGGAAAAAAAAAAAAACCAAACAGAAAAAAACCCCACUCAAUGGUAAUCUAAACCCUCUUUCUGGUUUUGACUAGAAGCGAGUUUGCAGAGAGAGAUUAAGCUCCAAGGAAUUCAACUGAAUUUCUACUUACCAGGCUUUAAGUCAGUUUGCAUCCAGCAAGCCUUUUUCUGUAAUGUAAGGAAAAAAAAAUUCUUUGUUAUUAAAUACUUAGUAUUUCAGCUGUGCUCUGACAACAGUUAAGAGUUAAAACAGGUUUUUGCUCCUUCUAGUCAGAGGUGCCAGUGGAAGGAGGUUUUCAAAACUGUCUUAUUAAAAUAAGAGUCUCAGUAAAAACUACAGGAAAUAGUUGACGCUAACAGCAGAGAAAGGGGUUUGUUCAGGCACAGGACUUCUCAUAUGAACUUAAUCCACUUACAUUUAAGAUCUGUGUUUACUGCCAUACAUAGAGGAUGUUUCCAUUCCAAGAGCUGCUGAAACGGUCACUCUUGUAGCAACUGUAAUUCCCCACAGGCAAAGCUCUAAGCAGCGCCUCUCUUGUUAAUCCCUGUAUUACAGCUAUCACUCAGUCAUACUGUUGUAGGUGAAGUUACAGAAGAGAUGUCACUUCUACCACUCUCUUUAAAUAUUAGUAUGUAAGCAUUUCUUGAUCAUCUUGAUGCCUCUCAUGGUUGUAAUACUCUCCAGACACUUGUCUUUGUCCAGGUACUAGCAUUGCUGUCGGUAUCUGUCAGUAGAAGCAGCUGACCAUGUGGUUGGCUAAAGGCAGCUCUGGUUUUUAGAGCAAAACUCUUUGAAGCUGCCCCAUGGAAGGGUGACUUCUAAAUGAACAAGCCUCACAAAAGGGGGACUACUUCUAACUGUAGCCUGUUUGUUUCAAAAUCAGGUUACAGACAAAACAACUGAAGCAAGCAGAACAAGCAAAGUAGUUAACAGUGUAAUUAAAUAUUUAUAUAAUCUGUGAUCUUACCAUGAGAUUGCAACAACAUCAGACUUGUUUUUCAGAAUUUAAUUAAAUUCCCCCCAGCCUAC